CGGACGGUUUGCAUCGCCGUCGUCUCGCCGGCACUUGCCAUCGUUACGUCGCCGCGUCGGUUAGAAAAAUUUGUUUUUUACGCCGUGACGCGCACGCGUGCAACUCUGUGAAUUAUGUGACGACAGACGUCAGCCCCAGCAGCGAGUCGUCGAGCAGCUCGCAAUACUUUGUGACGCCAACAGGAGUGACAGACGAUGUAAGGGUGCAACUGCAAUCGAGGAAGUUACACUGUUGAUGUAGCCACGUUGGCGUGGAGGGAAGAAUAUCAGGGGUGCAAGAGGGAUUGGCAGAAUAGGUAGACGCAGGCAGAGCGGUGGGGGCGGGGGAGGAGGACCCAGAGGUGGCAUGACGCGACCUCCCAACAAUGAUAAUCUCCUGACCUUCAAACUGGUAGUUGUCGGGGAUGGAGGCGUUGGAAAAAGUGCCCUCACGAUACAGUUCUUUCAAAAACUCUUCGUCACCGAUUAUGACCCGACGAUAGAAGACAGCUACAUUCAACACACGGAGGUGGACAAGCAAUGGUGCAUUCUAGAUGUACUCGACACCGCUGGGCAGGAGGAGUUUAGUGCCAUGAGAGAACAAUAUAUGCGCAAAGGAGAUGGUUUCCUGCUGGUAUAUUCCGUCACAGACAAACAAUCGUAUGAGAAUGUCGUCAACUUUUAUACGCAGAUUCUGAGAGUCAAAGACCGUGAUGUUUAUCCAAUGCUGCUCGUUGCUAAUAAAGUUGAUCUUGUACAUCUGAGAAAAGUGACCGAGGAACAAGGCAGGGAAUUGGCACAUAGAUUGGGGAUUCCGUAUAUUGAAACUUCAGCCAAGGACCCUCCGCUCAAUGUAGAUGCCGCAUUCCAUGAGGUAGUCCGUAUAAUCAGGAACCAGCCACCUGCAGAGUUGGAGAAAAAUCGACGGAAACGAAGGCGAUCAGGAAAGUGUAAUCUUCUCUAAACUCGAAACAGUUGGAAAGAUAGUAGGAAAUGGAAUUUUCUAACAAUGUUUAAACGUAAAGUUUCAUCAUCUGAAACUGGGGAUUUGAUACAGAUAUAAUUAGUAUUAUUCUACGACAAAAACCUCAUGUCACCGAUGAUUAUUAUUUUGUCCGCACUGAAUUGUUUGAAAAAAUUUGUUUGAUUGUUAGAAAAAAACAUCUUUUAUCUUCCACGUAGAGUUUCUCGAUAUGGUCUCAUCAAAUCUCGUCAUCUCACUCAUUAUCAAGAAAUAGUUUUAAAAUUAUAUUUGAAGAAGUAUUUACUGGUAUUAUGGAGUUAGAAAUAGUGUGAAACCACUCGAACGUCCGAUGGCUUUUCGUCUUUCGACUGCCAAUUCAAAACGGAUGUUUCAAUCAACACAUGUACACAUCAAUUUUUUACCAUCAACGAAAUAUGGAAUUGAUUAUUUGGUAUUCCGUAAAUUUGUAAUGUAUUGGGAAGCUGAUUCAUACCCAAAACUAAAAAUCUUCGUCAUCAAAUGACUGUAAUGAUUUUUAUAUUUUUUUUUUUAAUUAUGCGUGCUAGAAUUGCUGGCUUUGCAAGCUAUGAAAUUUUAUUUUAUUCUUUUUAAUGUCGUUCUAACUCAAUCUUUUCAAUUCAUUACUCUUUCCACAUUAUUUGAUUUGGAGGAGGGUGUAAAAAAUCCAGCUAUUUAGUAACUUGAAUCGUUUUUUUUUUUUUUUUCUUAAAUACGCACGAUUGCUGUUGUCGAAUAUGUAAUUAAACUUGCUAGAAACCUGGACAAUAUAUUCGAUUUCGAGUUCCCCUAUCAAACAACAAACUACUCCAAAUAAAAGUUUUGCAAAGUCGGUGCAAGUCUAAGAUGUUGUAUACCGAAUGAUCUGGAUAAUUAGAAUGAAACGAACUUAGGUAUUGAAUAGCGUCAACUUUAUAAAUGCGUGUAUGAUUUUGUGCACGAUUGAAUUUUAUAUUACGCAUAUUAGCAAUUUAGUUGUGACGUAUAUACUGUAUAGGCAUAUACGUAACUUUAUAUCUUCUCCUAGGUUUUUUAGAAUUAUUUAUUACCUUACUUAUACUUAUAGUUAUUUAUCGUUAUUUUAUUAUAAAUCUUGUGAUCUUGAGCUUCAAUAGGCGAAGCGUGUUGGGCGUCAGUUGACUAAUGAUUGUUAUUCUGAAUCAAGAAUAAUAUAUUAACACAUAAGACAAUAUUGUCUUUCAUAUAUUUGCAUCUUGGCAUGCAAAUGAGGGUCUGAUUAACCAAAGUACGAUUGUUUUUCCGUUUCGUCAAUACCUUUCCAAAGUUUUGAAUAUGUAGUAAGUCUAAGGAUUCGUGACCAAAGACAAAAUUAUCAAGGGUGAAUCGUAGGCAAUCUUUUUUGCUCCCUUUCGCGUUUCUCCAGAAAUUCUCUCUUAGAUAAAAGUAUUUAAUUUGAAACAAGGCUGGCAUUCGUAAUUUAAUUUCAGCACUUGGUAGCUACCGAUCAGUAUUUUUCACGCAGAACAAAGCGACUGAAAAACUAACUGAAAUAUGAUUUCACAGUUAACUAAAGCCUAGCAGUUGAAAAUUCAUCUCCUAAAACUCACCCGUACACAAAAUUUGUACAUGUUGUGUUUGUGUUGCGUAAAAAAAACGAAUCGCUUAUGAUUUAUGCUGACGUACCCUUGAAUCUUUCCCUGUAUCGCAUUCUAGGAUAUAAUAGAAGUUAUCCACCAAUUUAUUAAAAUUAUAGAUACGUUUGUUGAUGUAAAAUGAGGAAGAAAAAAGGAAAUGUAUUUUACUAGAAGCUAAAAUCCGUCAGACCCUUUUAAACUGUAAGAGGAGAAAAAACAAAAAAUAUAUGCCAUGGCCUACAUUAGUGUUUAACUGUGAAAUAUAUACUAUAAAUACAUUAUAUAAUAUAUCGUAAUGUAAUGUAUGUGCAUAUGUAAAAGCUGUGGCACGUACACCGCGAGCAAUUGCAGGCAAGAGCACUGAGAGUCGUAGAAUUGGCAUCGUAAGAUUAAUACACUAAUAGCAGAUAUUUGAUUGCGGUUGGAAAAAGAAUUUUCCGCGUCAUUAUCCACCAGCGUCUGCGUUUUGAACGAUGCCCUUGCCUUGGGUGCAAUUAAUAUUGUGUAUUGACGUGGAUCGUGUAUGAAUAUGUUGAUUUCUUGUAUAAAAGUACAAAAGAGUAUGUUUGACUAGUAUUUCAGAUAUUUUAUCAUUUUUCGGUCCAAAAAGAUGUACGAAUGAAUGUAAUAAGAAUCCAAUUAUAUUUCAUUUACAGUAUUAUUGUGCUUAGCAGAAAAAAAGUUAAAUUCGCCAUACUUUCGAACAACUCAGCCAUUUAAUACGUGUACGACACCGAUAUAAUCAAAUUUCAUGGGAACUUGAACCCAGCUGAUUAGAAUAAUCUAGGCAGAAUUUCAACCUGCUUCUUCCUGGUAAACUUUAAUCUUCCGUUCUGACUGAAUAGUGUAAAAAUACAAAGCACAAGCCUUAGAGUCUCAUUAUUUUAGAAGAGGAAUUACAGAAUUUAUGCAAAUGGUUUUUUUAAACCUAAUAAUGUCUAUUAAUUAUGAGGUUGUUCAUCUUUUUUCAUAGUAGCGAAAAUACGAAUUAUUGUUCGUAUUUAAAUUUACAAUUUGUUUAUUUCACUAUAUUACACAGAAACAAAGAUUUUGUAGCUUCAUAAAUAACAGCAGAAACAUAACAUCAAUCAAUGGUUUCUUUGGGCACAAUAUUGAUCUUCCUAUGCUGCAUAUUAUAUUUCUCUUAAUCUAGCGUCGUAUAUAUUUUGUUUAUUAAUUGUUAUAUUAACUACUGAUUGUUGUUGGAAAUAUUAUUAGAAGCUUUUUAAUUGUGCGACAAUAAGACUAUUCUGACUGGAAAGUGAUUGUUGAAUGUUUCGUUGCAUGCAGCUUGUACAAAACAAAUUGUGCAACAUAUAUUUCUUUACCUUGCGAUACAAAUGAAAAAAAAAUAUUGGCUCAAAUAUUUCUGUUCGGUUUGAUUUAAACAAUGCUACUUCCGGAUAGAUGAUUUGAAAAUUUGCAAAGUGAAACAAGAGUAGCUUCGAUUUCUAUUUGGCUGUAUCCAUAUAGUCGGAGCAAAAAUGUUAAUCUUAAAGUCUAAAGUUUCUUUCAUAACAAUUACGUCAAAGGUCGAAUCAAUAAAUAUUGUUUUGAGUCAAUAAAGAAGUAAAAAAAUGCAUCCUGUCGAUAUUUCAUAAUUGAAAAUCGCACAGUGGCGAAAUGCAUUAUCUGGCCAACAUUCAAGUCGUUAAUGAAAAACCAAAAACAAAAAAUGCUUGUUCUGAAAAGGGCAAGAUUACUGCAUGCACAAAACAAAUGCCAGUAUACAUAUAACUGUCAUAGAAAACUUACAAAUUAUAAUCUUGAAACAUAUUUGCCUUGUACAAAUAAUAUUUUGAAUAAGAGUAUGCGAAGUGAAAUUUCUGACAACUCACACUCAAAGAGUAUAAUUUUUUGAGUUGAUAAUUUUGACAAUAUAUGCAAUGAUGGAUUAAACAAUUCUAAGACCCUAUCUGUUGAGAAUAUUUAAAAUGUACUUAACUAUACUACCAAACUUUGAUCGAAAGGUUGUCAGAUAUUUGAAAUUGCCAAUAUAAUAUUCGCAAAACAAACGAUAAUUAAUUGCAAACAAGAAAAGGUAUGCUGCUUGAAUUUUAAUGGACAAUACAGAUGUUAUUAUUGGCAGAAUGUAUACUGAAUCAAGUUUGCAACAACGACACGUAUAUGAAUAUAUGUAUAUUUUUAAUCAAGCCGUGUGAUUCGCAAUGGAUGUAAGGAAUGUAGUAUAACUAUAUGUACGAAUAUGUAUUAAGUGGUGCCUCUCUUUUGAAAACGAAAAAAAGAAUACGAGAAAACAACGUUAUUUUUAAAUUCGUGUACGAGAAACUAGCAAAGACCUGACGAACGAAUAUAAUAAUAUUCAGAAUAUGCCAUAAAAAAAAAUUAAGGUGCCAUAGCUAAAAUUAUUUUGAACGUUGAACCGUCUGAAUUUUUCCUGAUUUUCAACAAUAUAAUAUGUUUAUAGAACCUAUAAAAUUCUGAUAGCGAAUCGCAGUAUGAAAAUUUCUAUCCAAAGGUUUCGUAUUUUUCUUUCGCAUACAUACAACAUUUCUCAAGUUUUCUUUACAACCCAACGUUUCUAAGACUAUACAUGUAUGUCUAUUUAAUGACAGAUACUGCAUAAGACUCAUUUACCAACGAAAAAAAAAAACAAAAAACGAAGAGGAAAUAACUUGAACUUUGAUGUAAUUUCGAGCCAUAGCCCUAUCGAUGAGUGUGGGGACGUUUCUGAAUGAAAUUGUAACACGUUUAUGUAAUGAAUGCAAAUUGCCAUAACUUAAACUCUGCUAAUACAAUUAAAAUGAAUGCACUCAAUAUCAGAGGCACCAACAUCUAACCGGCUAAACUAUAGUUGGCCAAUGUCUGAUAUAUUUCACAAAGUACUAUGAUAUUACCUAUCUAUAAAUGUACGUACGAUUAAUGUAAUAUCUGUAAAAAAAAAAAAAAAAAAAAAUCGGUACUCGAAAGAUUGAAUCGACAUCUGCCAUUUUUUAAAUUUAAAAAAAAAAAAGAAAAAAAACUAUUAAAGUAUAAUUUUUAUAUAUCCUGAAAAUAAAAUCGAAAAAAAAAACUACACCGUUUCUGUUCGGAUAUGAUACACAUUACUAAAGUAAUGCUUUCUUCGAUGUAAAUGAAGAUAUCAUAUCGAUGAAUAAUAUAUCAUUUCAUAAUUAAAAUGACGCAAAAAAAAAAAUAAAAAAUAAAAAAAUAAACCAUAUAAGCCUUCAACAGCUGUGAAAGCCUAUAGAGAAAGAUGAAGAAUAACAAAUGAUAAAACAAUAAUAGCUGUUCCUUAUCCGUUCCAUUGGAGUGUACAACAGUUGUUCAGAGCUGUAGGUUGUGGUUGGAGGGAGGAGAAAAAAACAAAAAAAAAAAAAAACUAAUUUUAAGCACUGUACGAAAAUUAUCUUUAAAGAAAAACAGUCAAUCUGUUGUGAUACCAGUUAUAAAACAUAGUCAAAUUUUUAUUCGAUAGUUUCAAUUCAAAUUUGUAUCACUGCUUCAAUGACUAUUGUAAAUUUCAACGCAGUGUUUCAUAAUCAUAUUAAAUAUAUAAUUAAGUUUUAAAUCGUCAUUAUUACAGCAAGCAUAUUAUAUAUCUUGCGUAUCAAUUAACUAUUUACGGUCUAGAGCAGUGAUAUAAAUAAAUAACGAGUAGCUUUUCACACGUAUGAUAUGUACACUUAUAUUCAUAGCUGUGACAAUGUUUAUUUUCCAGUAUUUUAAAGAAGCUAACAUGUAAAGCGUUGACAAAGUUCCGUACAAAAGUAUAAUGAAUUAAUAAUAGUAAAAAAAAAAGAAAAAAAAAAUGAAAAAAUUAAAAAAUUAAAUAAGGCAUGAACACAUUCA